AUGGUUGAGGCAAAGCUUCCGAUUACCGAGAUCCCCGUCGAGGAUGAGGAACAGCGGCUGAAUUAUGCUUUACGGGCGCUCGGGGCUCGGCGUUCGAAGACUUUGAGGAAUCGGGCUAGGACAUGGCGCAAAGCGCGUGACUGGUGGUCCUCUGUGAAGGGUUAUGCUUACCCCCGACAUGCAUCGGAUGUCGUGGACUAUCUUAUGUUCUUGGAGCAGGAGGUUGGCACUAAGAGCUGCGUUGCUGAGUUUAUGAGUUCUCUAUCAGUGCUGGAGGAUGCUGGCCAGGUUCCUGUCUCGCAUCAGCUGUGCAAGGACAGAUUGGUGGUCGCGGCCUCAAAGAGCUCGGCUGCGGAAGUGCAUGAAGGAAGGACAGCAACAAAGCAGGCGGCGCCCUUUUCAGUUGCAAUUCUCAUUGCUUUGGAGAUUUUCGUGGUUACAGAUGGCAAUCCUUUGUAUGCACGAUGUCUCAUGUGGGCCUGCUUGGUUUGCGUCUGGGCAUGCAUGCGGGUGUCUGAUCUGCAAGGCAUUGAUGUUUCCCGUCUUAGGCUUUUCCGUGAGGGCCUUAAGGGUUUCUUGGUUAAGACUAAGACCACGGGGCCCGACAAAAAGGUGGCUGAGGUCCCAUUCUUUAUCGGAAGAAACAUAGGCCUAUCUGGGCACGACUGGCUUCGAGCUGGUUUUGAUCUCUGGAAAGGUUUGGGACAGUUGGAUCGGACUUUCUUGGUUUUCCAGUCCUCUGCAGAUUUUGAGGAGCCAUGCUAUAAAUUCGCAAGGCCGGAGGUUAUCAGCAACUACAUGCGCCUGGUGUGGAGGAAACUCAGGACUCCUUUCAGACGUAUCAACGAGCGGACAUGGCGGUCUCGUACGGAUGGGGAUCAGUUCUUGCUGGGCUCCGAAUGUUACUUGUUUUGGACGGGUCACAGCAUGAGGCAUGUUCUCCCAUCCAUGUCGGCGGUCUUCGGGGUCCCGAAGGAACAGAGGGACUACUUGGGUCGCUGGCAUAUUGGCUUGCACCAGAGCUCAGAUUACAUUCACACGUGUCGUCAGAUUGUGCAUGAGAUUCAGAGCCGUGUAUGUGAUAAGCUCUCCGGGGGCAAGCCCGGGUACAACGAAGAGGAGCUCUUCGAGGAGUUGGUACUGAAUCAGACCUGGCCUUUGAUGGGCGACUUUAAAGAUGGUCCGGACGACGCUGCCCCG